AUGAGAUUCUUAUUCUUUUUAAUUGUCUGUGUUUUAGCUUUCGCUACCAACGCUGCCCGUGCCUUCGAAUGUGACAUGUGUCAAUUCGCCUACAGUGUUACUGAAGAUCUUGUCAACCAAAAUGUCUCAGUCACUGAAAUCAUCCCAUUCGUCUCAUCAGCCUGUAACUACCAUGGUGAAGAAUUCUCAGGUGCCUGUGAAGAAAUUGUCGAUACCUUCGGUUUCGAAUUAAUGAACAAAGUUGUCGAACAACAAACUGCCGUCGAUGCCUGUACUGAUUUAGGUGUCUGUGAAUUCACCCCAGGUCUCCUCAAGAAACACCACUGGAAGAAACACUUAAAACCACAUAACCCAUUCAAGAAAUUAAAGUGCUCAGCCUGCAAACACGUCGUCAAAGCUGCUGAAAAGACCAUCAACAAAGGUACUGAUGAAGGUAAAUCAUUUGCCCACUCUGAAUGCAAACACUUAGGUAAACCAUUAUCCCAUGUCUGUAACAAAGUUGUUGACAAAGUCUUCCACAAAGUUGUCGAUGAAUUAAGAAGACACGAAGACCCAAAUAAAAUCUGUCACAAAGUCCACAUGUGUUAA